CCAAAUACAAUAUAAAGCAGAUUGUUUUCUGCAUCGCAGGAGAAGUAAAGAAAUCUUUCAAGAUGAACUCUAAAACUAAGCGCUACAACCUGAGCGACUCUACCAUCCGACUUGUGGAAGAAGAGGAUCAGUUUGACUUUCUGUGUGAAGGUUUUGAUUCCCCGAGAGCCCGGAUGUCCUGCGGACAUGUGGUGACCCCGAUGUCUCUCAUGAAGUGGUGCCAACAGUUGCUCAAACAGGGAAAAUCCAGAUUUGUGUGCGGUCAGUCUGGCUGUAAUGCUGAGUGGUCUUAUCAGGAGGUUUGCAAAAUGGCCCUGCUGACCCCUGAAGAAAUGAAGAACUUUGAGACGCUGAUGGCCCUGAAUGCUGCCGCUGGAAAUCCUAACACAAAGUUUUGUCCAGGCUGCAUGACUCCUGUGACCAGAGGGAGCAGCUCAAACCUCUAUGUCUGCUGCCAAGUGUGCUCAGCAAAGACCGGACACAGCUUUGGGUUCUGCUGGCAGUGUCUGAGGGAGUGGAAAGGUCAACAGCCUCGAUCCGACCGCUGCGAAAACGACGACUGCCACAAUUCUGCCCUGAAGACGCUGAGAGAGUGUCCAGAAGUUAAAAUUGACAAAGUCAAAGGCUGUCCGUCGGUCCGUGCCUGCCCCACCUGCGGCUCACUGAUCCAACACACUGGGAUAGGAUGCAAAACCGUUAUAUGUCCCCGAUGUAAGAUGUCGUUUUGUUUUGGCUGCCUAAAGAGUGGUUACUGUGGUAUUUCUGAUAUUUGUUCCGGUGGCAUUACUCCUAGGCAGACGUUUAUUCCUACCAGCGACCUGUCCAGGGUGACCCCGCCUCUCGCCCGAAUUGUGGCGAUAAGCACCAGCAACGGUCCUGACCCCAGUAGAGACAAGGGUCAACGAUGGCUCAGCAAUCAUUUCUACGACGGCAAGGUGAAGAAAAGCCGUAUCAGUCACAUUAAGUACCACGGGUUGAGAAACCAAGGAGCAACAUGUUACCUGAACAGCAUUCUGCAGGCUCUGUUCAUGACCAGAGAGUUCAGAGAGGCUGUUAAAAGGUUAGAGGACGGGAUUCAGGAGUUUUUAAAGGACGUAGAGUUUUAUGGAGAAGACCAGAUGUACUGUGAUGAGUGUGAAGACAAACGGGACACUAUUGUUAAAUAUGAACUAAAGCGUCAUCCAGAGGUUUUGAUUUUGCUGCUGAAGAGAUUUGAAUACAACUACAACCGCAUGUCGUACACUAAAGACAUCCGUGCUGUGGAUGUUUGUUACACCAUCAACUUACCUGAGAACCAGACUUAUGAACUGUACGCCUUGGUGGAUCACUUUGAGACUCUGAGAGGUGGGCAUUACACAGCAACAAUCAAACCUGAGGAUGAAGACAGAUGGUACGAGUUCAAUGACUCCAGUGUGACGCUGGUUGGUAACCAGAGAUUCCAGAAAAAGUUUGAGAGCUUUGCAAAACACCUGGUUGGAUCGAGCACCGCCAUUAAGGUGCAGCUCCACCUUUGA